AUGGCUUCAGCAUUGUCUCUUCAGAUCCAGUGUCCGGUUUGUUUGUGUGAUUUCACAGAUCCGGUGAGUUUACCUUGUGAGCACUCUUACUGUCGACAAUGUAUCACCAGCGUCUUGCAUAACAGUGUCGGUCAAAGCAAGUGUCCAGAGUGUAGACUACGGUUCAGUCAAAAGGACAUUAAAACUAAUCGACCUCUGAGGAACAUGGUAGACGUCACACGAGAACACCUUCAGAAUCUGUCAUCUCAGAAAGACAUGUUGUGUCCUGAACAUGAGGACAAACUCAAAUUGUUCUGUGAGACGGACUGUGUGCUUGUUUGCCUCAUCUGCAAAGAAGGAGACAAGCAUCGUGGGCACAGCUGUAAACCCCUGAAAGGAGUGGCAGGAACCUGCAAGGAGAAACUGAGGGGGGCACUGAACUUUCUUUCUAACGAAAACAAACAGCUGAGUGACAUGAUCCUGAAACAGAACGCUGAGAUCAUGAAAACAAAACAUAAAUCUCAACAACUAUCAGCACAGAUCUCUGCUCAGUUUGAGGAGAUGCAUCAGUUCCUCAGGAAGAAAGAGGAGGAGGUGAAGAAACAACUGGAGGAGGAGGAGAGGAAUUCUCUGGAGACCAUGCAGAGAAAAAUGGAUACGAUAGAGGGACUACUGAAAGAAGGGAAAGAGCAAGAAGAGAGUUUUCGCUCUGCUUUAAAAAUACCUCAGGAUGACAAGUUUCUACAGUUUCCUCAGAAUAUUCCUAAAGGAAUAUUUUCCACCAAGACUCAGAAGCUUUUUCAAGAACUAAAGAAUUCCCUAGCUAUGCAGGAUGGGAACAACACUGCUCCUGAAGGGGUUCCUGUUUGCUUUCCCACUGCACCACAAGAACUGUAA